GCGCAAGCUCGUCAUCCUCCCGCCAUCGAAUCUUGUUCACUGCGAAAAUACACCGUCGCUAUAAAAAUGAAUCCAGUCAGCCAUCGUUCUAUUCCUCACACACUCUCUUCUACGCUCUCUCUCUAUAUCCCGUCUACUAUCUUAACAGCGGAGCACCAUGUCCCCAGCGAUUCUCACCCCCGACGCUCACUUGAACGGUCUCAAAAAGCCUCACCAGGAUGGCUUUGGCACUCGUGCUAUCCACGUCGGAUCUGAGCCCAGUGCGGAGACCGGCGCUGUUAUUCCUGCCAUUUCCCUCAGCACUACAUACCAGCAGGAGGCUAUCGGGACUCACAAGGGUUUCGAAUAUUCUCGCUCAGGAAACCCCAAUCGAAAUGCGCUUGAGGCUACCCUCGCCUCUAUAGAAGCAGGAGGUGCCUACGCACUCGCUUUCUCCUCCGGUUCGGCCACCACUGCCACUGUGCUUCAAGCACUCGGUCCCGAUUCGCACAUCGUCAGUGUGAAUGAUGUCUAUGGCGGCACUUUCCGCUACAUGUCCAAGGUUGCGAAGAUCAACCAAGGACUAGAUACCACUUUCGUCGACCUAGAGAACGCAGAUGACGAUACCAUCUUGGCUGCCUUUAGACCAAAUACCAAGCUCGUCUGGAUAGAAACACCUACAAACCCCACCCUCCGACUGAUCGAUAUACCCCGUAUAGUCUCUCUCGCUCGCUCACAUCCUUCCUCUCCCGUCGUCCUCGUUGAUAACACCUUCCUCUCACCAUUCUACCAAUCUCCACUCUUACAAGGCGCCGACGUUGUGAUGCAUUCACUCACGAAAUACGUGAAUGGUCACUCAGAUGUCGUCAUGGGCGCUUUGAUCCUCCCUUCUCAUCGUGCCGAGCUUGCAGACAAGCUCCGGUUCCUUCAGAACGCCAUCGGCGCCAUUCCCAGUCCGUAUGAUUGCUGGCUCGCUCAACGAGGUAUCAAGACGCUUCAUUUGAGGAUGAAGCAACAUGGCGCGAACGCGCUUGCUGUUGCUCACACACUCAAGAAAUCACCGUACGUCGAGGAAGUCAUCUACCCUGGAUUGGCAUCACAUCCCCGUAAUGACCUCGCAUACCGUUCACUCUCCCCUCAUGCUCGCAAGUUCGUCGACUCGUAUCUGAGCAACAACGGCUCCAGCAGAUCAUCAGAAUCUGGCGACUACACAUAUGAAGAGGGCGGUUUCCCUUAUGGUGGUAUGAUCUCUUUCAGGAUCCUAGGAGGCGCAGAGGAAGCGGAGAAGUUCCUGACAUCCACUCGGCUCUUCACUCUUGCUGAGUCCCUUGGUGGUGUGGAGUCACUUGCAGAACACCCUGCGAAGAUGACUCACGGAAGUAUUCCCGAAGCUGAACGAGCACUCUUGGGCAUCGGCGAGAACCUCAUCAGGUUGUCUGUGGGCGUCGAGGAGGUCGAGGACCUCGUUGCCGAUGUCGAGCAGGCAUUGGUGGCUGCGGUCGGCUCUAAGUCUACUUGAUCCUUAGAUCUUGCGAGUUACUUUUUGGAUUUGGCCUUAUGUGUAGUAUGGAUUUCACUUUCUAUCGCUUGGACUGUACACCUUGUGCAUCAUUUAUAGAUAUUAUAUGUAUUGACUGUGUAUAUCCUCACACGCACUGCAGUAGAGACCAUAAUAGUGUAGAAGAUUGGAUAGCUUUCGCACUUAUAUAUUUAAGGAAUGUUUGCAUUCAU